CGACAGAGCAUAAGUGCAAAAUGUGGAGCAAAAUCAUCCCUUCUGUUCUGGGCAUUUUCUGCUUGGUGGUGUUAAUUCAGAGCAAAGUGCCAGAACCAGAUAAUUUGGAGGAUUAUUAUGAUUGCUGGACAUAUGCCGAGUGCGUUUCAACUGGAGCACCCUAUCAAAGCAUACUGGGUUGUUUCAACUCUUUGACUUUCACGGAAAUUCAACCAAUAUUCCACUAUGUGAAUGAAAGCUUUUAUGAGUACCAUACCAAAAGCAUACCCGUGGCAAUCAAAGAAUAUUGUGCCUUAAAUGGAGACGAACAAGUGAACGCUUAUGAUAAGACCCUCAAGGGUAUUUUCAGCUACCAGGAUAUGGCAUGCGAUUCUCCACAAAUGAAACAUGAAUGCAAAAGUUCAGAGAAAUUAUUGACCUGCUUUUUCUCCCUUCUCAAUAAAUUGAAGAAACAGGACAUGUGCAAAUUAAAUUAAUGAGGUGUAUGAAUGAACGGCAUGCUGCACGCAUAGAAAAUCACGAUAGAAAUUCCUUUUUUUUUAUCUGUAAGAAAUAAAAUCGUUUUUCAGAAAUAAAAUCCUUGCACUUAUUUAGAAAAAGGACUUUGAAUCUGAGCUUAUUAUUAUGUUUGCAUGAGAAAUUACUUUUUAUAAAAUG